UAACAUCUUCUGUAGGCGGCCUUUAAAGCAGCAGAUUACCCUCAGUAGCUUCAGUGUAUCUGAAGGAGCCGUGAUGAUGACUCUGAGCGUGACUCUCUGCAUUACUGUUCUGCUCAGUCAGUACAGCACCGUUACAGCAGGUGUUGUGAUUAAGAAUCAAGGAGAAAAUCUGACCAUGACUUGCACAACCACAAAAAACAGCAAAAACGUUGGUUUAUAUCUGAAAGCAAGACGCCCCGAGAAGUGUGAAUUGUUUUACUAUAAUACGAAGGAUUCAGCUGCAUCUUAUGGCUCAGCCUAUGAAGGAAGGGUGACAGUCAGCGGUGAAUUUGAGAAACUAACGGUGAAGAUCACUGAUCUGCAAAAGGAGGACUCAGGCUUCUACUUCUGCCAGUACGUCUUUUUUGGCGCCAAAAUUGAAAGCAAUGAGACAGAUAGCCUUUUGCUGUUUGUGAAGGAAGUGGAAAACAUCGUCACUACUGCAGCUUCUACUGGCAAUUUACAUGAUUCACCCAAUGUGAUGGUGCUGGUCUCCAUCCUGACGGCAUGCACUGUUGCCUUACUCUGUAUGCUGGUUUUGGGGAUAUGGAUCAUACCCAAGAUGAAGACCCUGUGUGCAAGCCAGGGAGAGGAGAACGGAUCCAAAGCUUAUCACGGCAUAUAUGAAGACAUGACCGCCCACCGCUCACAGCUAAGACACUAAUUUCACCCCCGCCUGCCUUUCUGCGCUCACAGUGCAGAGCUUUGAACCAAUCUAUCAUGACCGCAAUCUUCCAGAAGAAGACUGAUAUACACAAGUGUGAACUGAAUAUGUUUUAUAUGCUGUAAACUGUACUUUGUGCUUUUCACUGUUUGCAAUAUCUAAUCAAUUACAGGUUUUGCGGCUGAAUCAAGACGACAUUUACAAAAUCAAACCAACACCAGUUCUGUCGGUCUAAUUCAAACCAGAGUGUUGCAACAGGUGUUGCAACAGGUGUUGCAACAGGUGUUGCAGGUUUUUAAGCUAGAUUUUUUAAAGACAUUUAAUAAAAAAAAAACUAAAAACAGUAUGUUUACUGUAUAAAGUUGCUGUACAUAAUUGUCAAGAAAUUAAAUGUGUGUUGAUUACUGUUUAGUUAUGUGAAAAAUAAGAUAGGAGUAAAUAUAUAGCAAUAUAGAUAUAAUCAGUGAUGAAUGAGUGUCCCUUGUUCUUCAAAGCAAAGUGUAAAAAAUGUGCCAAAAAGUGAUUCUGCAGCACAAUGCAGUGUAGUUUAAUGAGUGGUAAAUAAACAAUAAUGCAAUAUACAAUUAUAUUGAAAUCUCUGUUGUAUGCUAUGUAUAUACAUAUAUGUGUUCUGGUAAGAAGACUGAACUAUUCUCUUAAUUUGGGGUAAAUAACUGUAAAAGAUGCUCCUAAUUCUGGGUCUACCUUCAGGAAUGAAACCACAGUAGUGAGAAUAUCACUUUCAGAGAAAUCUAAAAAGUAUGUGUAAAUGUGUAUAUACUGUUUUGUGUGAAAUGUCUGGUGUAAUGAAAAUAUUAAUGUAAAAUGAGCUAUAUGAGAAAUAUGUUUUGAUACAUGCAAUAAAGAAUUUUGUAUUUGA